GGGUAGUGCUUUUCAUUGUCCCUUUGGUCAUCUGUUGUUGUUUUUUUAGUGGGUGGGUGACGUAGGGGAGGAGGAACAACGUUGCGCAGCGCGCGUUUGAGCAAGUGCGUGUGAUGGCUGCCGAGGUUGGGUCUCAAGCUCCGUCGGUCCAGGGAGAGAGCGGCGCCCUCCCACAGCCGCGGCAGCUGCAGGACUCUGUAGAUAACCCGUUCGUGGUCCGCGACACGGCGACCGCCGGGCAACAUGCCGAUAAUGACGGAGGGAACGAUUCCUCUGCUCCUCUUCGGGUGCCUAUCCCCGCUGGGAGUAAUCAACCGCCUCCUCCUGCCUACACUGACGCCUUCAGGAGACCCGGUGAGCUAUUGUCCAUCAAUCCAACGUGUCCUUUGGUAAAAAGAGAAUUCCAUGCGGACGAAUGGAGAAACUGCUGAAAGUCGCUACACAGUGCGUGUCUAUAGUGUUACUAUCAUACUCCAGUGGUACGUGGGAAUGCCAGACCAAUAGAAGGUGAAGCGAGUCCACUGCUGAGCAGGCACUCCCGCAUGUCCACGGUGACUGGCGAGCGAGAACCAACUGUCGGAGAACACGUGAGGCAGCAAAGGGGAGUGGCCCGUGCCCUCCUACUCUGGCUCGGCAUCGGCCAGUGGUACUCUGGGCUCUGCAUCUUCUGCAGUUUCGUGUUUCUCACUGGUGGAAUUGUGCUAAUCACUUUGUCAUUUUUGACGCUGGACAAGUUGCAGCCAGUCAAGCUGGCUGUCGUGGCGUCAGGGAUCGUCUUUGUUCUGCUAAGUCUCCUCUGGCCGUGCGGUUGGCUGUGGAACCAGUGGAACAAGACCUGCGGCUGCAGCUAUGCCCCGUUUGUCGCCUACACCUGGACCCUCUCGCUCGUUUAUACUGCAGUCGUAGGGGCCCUCGUGUUCGGCGUAAACGAACACUACGACUGCAUUCACUACUGCAAAAACUGCACGUUUGAAAAGAGCGAGCGCUACCCGUGCGAAUUUGUUCAGAUGUCCCUGUGGACCAUGAUGACAAUGAUGGCGCUAAUGGUGGUCGUGGUGUUCGUCUCAUUCUGCUACUGCUGCUGUGGCUCAUCUUGCAAGAAGGAUUCCGGGCAGGGCUACACCACGUUGUGAUACAUGCCCUCACCUGGCCACUGAACGUGUGGAUAAAGAACAAAAAGCAAACUCUGUAGAUAAUUAGUGUUGUAACAUCCAGUAAAAGUUGUUAAUCAUGUGAUCUCUGAACUGAUAAUCAAAUGUGUACAUAGUAUCAAUGUGGUGUGUGUGUGUGUGUGGUGAAAAUGAUGGCUGUGCGCAAGAGU